AUGAAAUACUAAAGAAUAUUUUUACUUCCUUUCAUCAUACUAAUUUGUAGAAUUAGUUAAGUUCAGGCAACUAAAGAGGAGGUUGCAAAAGGCUUUGACUACUUUAAUCAGUUUUUGCUUGGUUUUAGGGGUACUUAAUUUGUCCCAAAUAUCUAGGACUGCUCAAACUACUUGGAGCAAACUCUAUAUAACUUUAACACUUCGAUGAACUUUAUUGGCGACCCAAAUUACUUAUGGUUUGACUACACCUUAAACAUAACUAGAUAUAUUAGUGGUUCACUUGCUGAUACUUACUAUUUAUGCGCUAUAAGUUUAGUCUAAGCUGGUGAAACUUCAAAUGCUAGAAUUAAGGAGUUUGGAAGCGCCACAGAUUGGACGACUGCAUUCAUAUAAAAUAUGCUUGGUAAUGUGAUUGGGUUCCAAAAAAUCUAUGAUAAAAUAAACUUAGCAAUCAAAGAUAAUAAUAAUAGAGAGGUUUAUUACCAAUUCGGAAGAAUCAUGAAUCUGUUAUUAGAUUUUCAUCCUAUUCCAGAUGCAUCAUUUAAUUAAAAUGAUGACAAGAAUAAUUUUAUGCAAGAUCAACUUAGCAAAAUUUUUAAGAGUUAAACUAGUCAAGAUUGGAAUUUUGAUGAGGAUGUGACUGACUAUAAAAGAGAAGACUUUAAAAAACUCAAAAUUCCAAUGGUUUAGGCAUUAAAUAGUUUUGAAAUGAUCUACUACUCAAUAUAUGGGUUUAUAAAUUCAACCAUAGGAUUUAAUGACCUUAAUUCAACUAAAUGCAUGGAUUAAUUAGGCAUUUACUACACAAAUAUGACUUAAACUUUCAUUAGGGAGCUGUUUGGGGGGAAGUAUGCUUUAUACGUACAAGAUUCAACUGGAUUCUUUAGAAGCGUCAAUCCAACUGUUGAAUCAUGCCUUUGGACAACAGAUAUCAUGAUUGACUCGUUUGAAGACUAUGCUCUUACAUUUCUAAAUCCAAUCAGAGUACUUGAAAAUAUUGGCUAUCAUUUAGGUCUUAUUUAUGAUAGAUAUUUUGAGAUAUACACUAUUUUCAAUGACGACUACGAGCCUCAAGCCUUUCAAUUUGUUUACCUAGGAAAUUAAAUGGGUAAAAUUUUCUUCAAUGCCUUUUAUCCUUUUAUUUACCCUGACGUUUAAAUUGUUUACCCAGAAGAUCCUGAAAACUGA